GCUUUGACACUCCCACUGGAAGUUCAUGUGACUUCCGUUAGCUUGACGCCGGUUUGAUGCGAUAACGGGCACCGAUUCCUCUGGAAAUACCGGCCAGAUUCGGUAUUUUCCUGCCGGUAAACCACCUAAAAUGAGAGACAAGAGGAUUUAACGGAGACUAAGGACCCACUGGGCUUGAAAAAGCCUCUCUCUCUCUCAGUCACCACCAUGUUCUCUCGCCCGCUCUCGCCUCAUGUUCUCCCAUUGGCCGAUGAGGGUGAUGACGUCAUGGAGACACAAACAGGAGUUUCCUCUCCUCCUCCGCCUCAUUGGAGCUCCUCCUCUUCUUCACCUCCUCCUCCCUCUGUCUCCACUUCCUCCUUUCCUCCAUUAAUUCCUCCUCCUCUUCCUCGUCACAUGCCACUCCCUUCUUCUUCUCCUCCGUCAUAUUUGUCUCCUCCAUCUAGCUCCUCUGCUCCAUUUAUUUCACCGCCUCCUCCUCCUGUAGCUCCUUCUACUCCUCCUCCUCCCUCAUCUUCUUCUCCUUCUACUCCUCUUACCUCCACCCUUCCCACUGUUUCUCCUCCUUACACCUCUCCCUUUGUCUCUCCAUCCCUCCAUCCUUCGCCUCCUUCCUUGUUGUCCCCUCCUCCUCUUCCUCCUCUCUGCCCUCCUCAUCCCAGGUCCGUCCCCUCCUUUCCUUUCUCUUCUCCUCUCUCCUCUGUUCCCUCCAUCCAUCCACCUCCUCCUCUACCUCAUUUUCUUCUUUCUCCUCCUCUUCCUCCCUCAUCUUCUUCCUCCUCUGCUCCUCCUGCCGCCACCCAUCUUGCUCCUCCCUCUGGUUCUCCUCUCUCUCUCUCCACCUCUUCUCCUGUCCCUCCAUGCCUCCGUCCUUCACCUCCUUCCUCGUCUCCUGCUCCUCCUCCUCUCCCCUAUUAUCACUCCUGUUGUCUCAUUUCUCCUUCUCCACCUCCUCAUGCAUCUUGUGUCUCUUCAUCUCUUCCUCCUCCAGCCUGUUUUACUCCUCCUCAUACUUCUCCUCUCUCCUCCUCCUCAGCUCACCUCCCUCCAUCACUCAUUCCUCAACCUCCUCCUGUUCCUCCUCCCUCUGUAACUCCUCUUGCCUCAGUUCCUUUUUCUGCGCCUCCUCCUCCUCCUCCUCCCCCCCCCUGUUGCCCCUGCUCCUCCCUCCUGCCUCGCCUCCUCUCAGCUCACCGGUUGGAGGUGCGGCGCCUCCUUCGAGGAGCUCUGGCUUCUCUCGGUCAUCGUCUGACAUCUCUGGAGAGGAGGAGCAGGAGGAAGAGGAGGAAGAAAAUGGGGAGUGGACAGAGAGGAGAAGGAGGAGCAGCCUGUUCUCCUGCUUCAGCUGCCUUCUCCUCCUCCUCCUCCUCCUCCUGUAGCCCCGCCCACAUCCCACCUGUUGCUUACUCCUCUUCAUCAUCUUCAUCAGACAGUGAGGACUCGUCCGCACCUCCUCCUCCCUACUGUUACAGCCAAUCAGACCAGAAAACGGGGAGGAGCAGGGGUGAGGAGGAGGAGGAGGUGAAAGGGAGGAAGAGGAGGAGGAAGAACAAAGGAGAAGAGUUUCUUAUUGUUGCAGAAAACAGAGAAGAUGAAGAAGAAGAGGAGGGAGGGAGGUUUAUUGGACAGAUGGCUGUCUCCUUCAGAGGAGGAGGAGGAGGAGCAGAGGAAAAGGAGGCGCCGCUCACUCUGCACAACUUCAACCAGAGGAAACACAGGAGAAGAGAGGAGGGAGGAACCAGCCAAUCAGAGAAGGCCGUCAGUGUCGUCGUCAGGCAGAAUGGAUACAGAGGCCCCCUGCUGCUCCACAGCGUCUCCGGUGCUUCUUCCCAUGAUGGCUUGCACCUUCUCCAGUCAGCUCAGGGAGUUCAGAGCUGCAGCCAAUCAGAGGCUCUUAGUGUCUCAUCCAGCGAAUGGCGUUUCUCUAACUUCACCCCUCCCCUCUCCCUAUCCUCCAAUCACAGUGUUUUCCAUCUGUGGCUCCACUCCUCCUCCUCCUCAUCUUCAUUUAGCCCCGCGCCCAUGCUACGGCUGUCGGCAGUUGCCAUGGAGACACUGUCUGAGUCAUCGAGGGGCGGAGCAUGUGUGAGUCCUCUGAGGCUCCUGAAGGACUGGACGGCCCCGCCCAGUCUGAGCAGCGACCACUGUUAUGUGCGAACACCUGCACCAAGCCCAACUUUUUCCUCCCGGCGACAGCACAAGCAGCGAGCCAAUCGCAGCGCUCGGAGCCUCAACCUACCCCGACGACGGUCCCUGCCCCUCCCCCCAUGUUCGGCCAAUGGACUGUCUGCUCCAUUCCCUACCAGCCAAUCAGCAGACAGCUCUGAGUUUCUCAGCACAAAGGGAGAGCGCGGUAAACGAGUGUCACAGAUUCGAAUCCGCCGGGCGUCACCACGGGAAACAUCGCUCACACCGAUGGGACUGCCAAGGGUCAAAAGGUUAAAAAAGAAGGAUUUCAGUCUGGAGGAGAUUUACACCAACAAGAACUACAAAUCCCCCACUACUAACAGGAGUCUGGAGACGAUCUUUGAGGAGCCACGAGAGAAGGAUGGGGCGUUGCUUCUGAUUGGCCAGCAGAGGAGGCGCAGGCUGCUGCUGUUCCCUGACUUCACUCAGCCCAGGAAGAGGAAGAGGCCGCAAGGGGCGGGGCUUCCUGUUGCCAUGGUUCCCAGGAAGCGGGCAGCAGCUCGGCGACAUUGCCAUGGCAGCGGUGAUGAUGAGGCAGACCUGGACGUGAUGCUGGUGGAGAGACUGAGCGCACUUGAAGACUUCCUGACACGACAGGGCCUGGACGUGUGAGGUGUGACAUCACUUCCUGUCAGCUGACUAAAGGCCAAAUAAACAUGAGCUGCUAGCAUGCCUGCUAACCACCACGUUACCAUGGUGACCUCAUCAGUCAGGUGGUUUAAUGUAGCAGGUUUUAUCUUUUUUUUGCAGUGUAUUUGAUGUUUGUUUUUUAGUUUUUUUAGUUUUUUUUUUUUACAGUGUAAGCUGUUUAAAAUGUGAAUUCUCUGGAAUAUUUAAUAUUUUACCUUUUUUUUUACAGUGUGGAUGAUGUCAUGUGACCUAUUAGGGGGCAUGGCCCCCUAACAGGUCACAGGUAUUUGUAUUGUUAUUUUUACACACACUCACUUCACAGACACUGCAGUACUCUGUAGUACUCUGUAGUACAGUGUAUUACUGUGGAGUCAUGGUGAAUAUUUUUAAAGUGUAAUAUAUAUUUCUGCUGAAAAUGUUUCUAUUUUUGGAUCAAAUAAAGUUUGUUUCUGUUCACUGA